AUGGCUCUUCUGCUAGACAACUGUGAAGGCAUUUUACUCUCUUUAGAGUCGCAUAAAUCGGUGCCGGCACCGUUCCUCACGAAGACAUACCAACUGGUAGAUGAUCCCAACACAGAUCACAUAGUAUCUUGGGGCGAAGAUGACAGCACCUUUGUUGUUUGGCGUCCUCCCGAGUUUGCUAGGGAUCUUCUCCCUAAUUACUUCAAGCACAACAAUUUCUCAAGCUUCGUUCGCCAGCUCAACACUUAUGGUUUUAGAAAGAUUGUGCCAGAAAGAUGGGAGUUUGCUAAUGAAUUCUUCAAGAAGGGAGAGAAACACUUGUUGUGCGAGAUCCAUAGAAGAAAAACGGCACAUCCUCAACAAAUAGGGAUGAAUCAUCAUCAUCACCACCACCAUUCUCCAAUGGGAGUCAACGUUCCAAGUUUCUUUCCGUUCUCCAGUACUAGCAGCAGAGUCAGCAUCUCUCCGCCCAAUGACUCUGACGAACAAGCCAAUUGGUGUGACUCUCCGCCACUCACUUCACCAAUUAGAGGAGCCACUUCCGUCAUGAACAACGGAGCCAACUACAACAGUUCCGUCACUGCGCUUUCUGAGGACAACGAAAGACUCAGGCGAAGCAACAACAUGCUCAUGUCCGAGCUUGCCCACAUGAAGAAGCUAUAUAACGACAUAAUCUACUUCGUUCAGAACCACGUCAAGCCAGUGGCUCCAAGCAACUCUUACUCUUCUUCUUUGCUACUCUGCAAUACGCCACAAGCGUCCACUGCAACUCCCAUAAGUACUAGUAAUGUUUCAACGAUGCAAAGGCCAAUGAACCAGCUUCUGGGGUAUUAUUCUAAUAACCCUAAGCAAGCCACUCAACCUCAACCUCAAACCCAUGCUGUGAACUCUCCCACCAACACAUCAAGGAGCUCUAUAACGUUUGUUGAAGGACCAAGCAGUAACAGCAGCAAGACUAAGCUUUUUGGGGUCUCGCUACAGUCCAAGAAAAGGGUGCACCCUGAGUACGGAUCUAAUCCCACGAAUUUGGAGAUGAAUAAGGCUCGUUUGGUUUUGGAAAAGGAUGACUUGGGCUUGAAUCUAAUGCCUCCUUCCAGUUGUUAGUUCCACU